AUGAUUGAAAAACCUCUAUACAUAUGUCAUUUUAAAAUAAUACCCAACUUUUAUAUAUAGUCAAUACAUAUGUCCAUGUUAUAUUCUAGACUAAAUAUUUUCUCUUUUAAAAAUAUAAAAAACAGUUUUUUUAGUCUACAAGCAAAUGUUGUAGAGCAAGUAUGCAUUAUACAAAAUAAUAUAUAUUUAAAAUCCAUACGCAAAAACAUAAAAGUUGAUAUAGGUCUCUUUCUGACUCAUGCACACUCCACUAUGAAUAAGAAUUAAAAAAAAAACAGUAUUGUCAUCAAACUUUAUCACAAAUCCACAUUUGUACAUCUAUAAUUUUGAGUUUGACAAUUAGUUAAUUUGAUACAAUACCAAAGCAAGAAUAAUCGAAAAACAACUAUAACACCGCAUACUAAUAAGUAACACAUAACAAAUAACCAAAUUCUUGAAUCUUAAAACAAAUUUCAACUCGAGUAUUUAGUGAAUAUCAAAUUAACUAAUAUCCCGCCCGUAAGGCGGGCCGACCCUAGUUAGUCAUAAACAAUGGUACUAACCUAAUUCUCUACAUAUACGUUUACUAUAUAUAUAUUAUUCCAUCAUAAUUAUUUUGUGUUAUUAUUAAAUAAUGUCCACUCUAUAUUUAUAUAUAUGGUUACUUGUGAUUUAUUUAAUAGUUAAUACCUUCGGAGACUAUAAACAGAAUACAAUAUCCAUUGUAAAUUUUUUUUUUUUUACAGAGAUCAACCAUUAUUUUAUACCAACCUUAUUAACUAAACUGAUUUCAUUAACCACGUUAUAUAUAUGAACACUUCAACAUUAUCAUUCACAAACUAAACAAUGUUUGUCACAACUUAAUAUUCCAAAUUGGUUGUAUUAUUUAAUACCAAACCAAUUCCUAUACGAAUCCAUAGAUAUGAUUAUGGUCUACAUAAAACCGGUUCAAUAUUUUCAUCUGCUAUAUUUUCAGAAAAUGGCUAUUUAUCUUUGGUUCUGUUAAAUAUUUAGUCUAACCAAUUAUAAAUCGGUUAGUGAUAACUUCUAAAAACUUUGAAAACAUAUUGUUAUUUAUUAACACUACAUCGAUACUUUAAAAUAGGUUAGCAGUAGAACUGUGUUUUAGAGCAAAAUCUACUUAUUUUAAAAGAUAAUAUUAUUUUGAAAAUAGUUUUGAUACUAUGUGUUAUAUUAAACAUAGUUAUAUAUAUAUUUGAAAUAAAUAAUUAUAUACAUAAAUUAAACUUUUGGUUAUCUAAAUUAUUUAGCAACCAAAUAAAAAUAUUCGGGUAAUUCAAGUUUUGGGGUUAUCCGGUUUAUAAAUAGUAUUAUUUUAGGAUAUUUGGUUAUUUAAAAUUGAAUGUAAUUAAUAUUUUUAAAUAUAUAAUUUUUAUUUGAAAAUUCAGGUACUCAUUUGGUUCUCGGUUCGGUUUCAAUUUUUCAGUCAUAGAUAUAUGAUUUGCUCUAUUAUUUAUGCAAUUCAGUUUAAUUUUGGUUUUUCAGUUUGGUACGGUUUGGUCCGUGGUUUUGGAUAAAUGUGCUCAAACUUAAACAUUAUCUUAUAUAAAAAUUCUUUUAAAAUAUAUUUAAUUACAAAAACAAAUCUGCGCUUUUCAAAAUCUAGUUCAAUCAAUUAAAGUUUAGAAUUUUUUUAUUACUAGUUGAAUGCUAGAUAAUUUAUAUAUUUAAUGAUUCGUUUUGAAAAGUAAAUAAUUUGCUUAAUUUUUGUACUUUUACUAAAAUAACUUAUAUAUUUGGAAAGAGAGAUACUUAUUUUAUUGAAUAAUAAAUAUAAAUUGCCGAAAAUUGGAAUUAAGGAAAAGGAAAAAGAAAAAAAGAGUAAAGAAGACAGAAAUAUAUAAAGGAAGUUUGGAUAGAUACGUCCCAGUGGUUUCAUUCAUAUUCAUAGGACCCUUCCGUAAACCCUAGCCUCUCCGCCAAGCUGUAGUGUUUUGUUUUGUAAUAGAUCGAACGUCGUCUGUAUAGUAAUAAUCAUCUCCGAUGACAAACGUCGAGCUAAGAGAACGGAUCCACGUUACUGAGAACGAACGGGAAGUUUUCGAUCUGCUUCUCCGUGCCGUCGGCAGUUUCAGUCCCGAAACGAAGCUUCGCGUAGCCGGUGGUUGGGUGCGCGAUAAGCUUCUGGGAAAAGAAUCUAAUGAUAUUGACCUCGCAAUCGAGAAGAUGUUGGCAAGAAAAUUUUUUUACAAGCUCAACUAUUACUUACGUUCUCAAGGGGAGGACAAAGUACAAGGCCACGUCAUUAAAAGUAAACCGACAAAUGAUAAUAGACGACCAGUGGAGACAGUGAAGAUGCAUAUUUAUAACCAUUCGAUAGAUCUUGUACACUUGAGAUCUGAAACACACGAAGGAAAUAGUCGCAAUCCUGUUAAAGUGGGUUUUGCCACCCCAGAAAAGGACGCUUAUAGGAGAGACUUGACUAUAAAUAGCUUAUUCUACAACCUUCACACUGGCUUAGUAGAAGAUUAUACAGGAAGAGGUAUCGUUGACCUUAAGUCUAGAAGAAUUGCCACUCCAUUGCCUGCCCGAGUUAGUUUAUUGGAUGAUCCCCUGCGAGUUCUUCGUGCUAUACGCUUUGGUGCAAGGUUUGGCUUUACGCUGGAUGAAGAACUUAAAGAAGCUGCCUCCAGUGAGGAACUUCAGGUAGCCCUUGCAGUUAAAAUCAGCAAAGAGCGUAUCGGGAACGAAAUCGAUUUGAUGAUAUCUGGGAACGAUCCAGUACAAGCAGUAACCUAUCUCUCGGAUUUGAAACUAUUUGAACUCGUCUUUGCACUGCCCUCGUCGUCUGAGCCCGCCCCGUCUGAGAACUGUAGCAGCCUCUGCCUAGCCUACUUGGAAGCUAUGUGGAACCUCAUUCGAACCCCUGGGCUCGGAAACUUCAGCGGUGAACAAAGAAGGCAUGCUCUAUAUGCGGCUCUGUUUCUCCCGUUUAGGAAAAUGGUUUACAAGGACACCAAGGGGAAAUUGGUUCCCGUAGUCAACUACAUUUUCAAAGUCUCCAUGAAGCGAAAGAGCAAGGACGCUGAAACAGUUGUCAACAUACACCGCGCCACGGGGAGAUUCCUAUCGUUGAUUCUUCAUCUUCAGUUGAAGAAGAAUGACGUUUCACAAGUGGACAAACGUGAGUGGGGCACUGAUGUAUUCGAGCACUUGGAACUCAUCUCUCGAAAUGAUCCGGAGUUGCCGGCUACAUCGAAAACAAGAGUACUCGCAGGGUUUCUUCUUAGAGAUAUCAAAGACUUGUGGCGUCUUGCUCUCUUAGUAUCACUAUUGCUGUGUACGGAUGACGACAUGAAUUUGGGUUUCCAAGUUGACAAGAAAAGAGAGGUUUAUCUAACAAUUCAGGGCACUAUUAUUCGUGAGAUGGGUCUUGAUACUAUCUGGGAUCUAAAACCUCUGGUGGGUGGAAGUGAUAUCGUUAAAGCUCUACAACUUAGAGACAAUAGAGGACCUAUCAUUAGGGAAUGGCAACAUAUAUUGCUGACAUGGCAGCUAGCUUAUCCCAAAGGAAUGCCGCUCAGACAGGAAUGGGUAAAACGAAGGAAGGUAGCGUGACUUUUGGGAUUAGGUUAAAACGAUUUCGCACUUCUUUUUUUUCUCUUACAAUCAUUACUAAAUAUUAUUUGUGAAAUAACAACAUAUCUGUGUUUUUGUUCGUCACUACUUCAUC